CCCGCCUUGUGCCCGGCCCCCGCCCGGCCGCCUGCCGCCGCCAUGUCCGCCCCGCUGGGGCUGCUGCUGCUGCUGCUGGGACUGCCCGGGCUGCUGGUGGGGCGGCCCCGCUACGAGCCCACCUGGGGCUCGCUGGACUCCCGGCCGCUGCCCGCCUGGUUUGACGAGGCGAAAUUCGGCGUCUUCAUCCACUGGGGCGUGUUCUCGGUGCCCAGCUUCGGCAGCGAGUGGUUCUGGUGGUACUGGCAGAAGGAAAAGAGAGAGCCCUAUGUGAAAUUUAUGGAGGCAAACUACCCACCUGGGUUCAGUUACGAAGAUUUUGGGCCACUGUUUACAUCAGAAUUCUUUGAUCCCAACCAGUGGGCAGAUAUUCUGAAGGCUUCAGGUGCAAAAUAUGUGGUCCUAACUUCAAAACAUCAUGAAGGCUUUACUUUGUGGGGUUCCAAGUAUUCUUGGAACUGGAAUGCUGUUGAUGUGGGACCAAAACGAGAUCUUGUGGCUGAACUUGCAACAUCUGUUAGAAACAGGACCGACCUGCGUUUUGGGUUGUAUCACUCCUUGUUUGAAUGGUUUAAUCCUCUCUUCUGUGAAGAUGCCACCAACGUCUUCAAGACAAGAAAGUUUCCAACCAGUAAAUCAUUACCAGAACUCUAUGAAAUUGUGACCAAGUACCAACCAGAAAUAGUUUGGUCUGAUGGGGAUGGAAAUGCACCAGAUACUUACUGGAACAGCACUGGCUUUCUAGCUUGGCUGUAUAAUGACAGCCCAGUUCGGGACACCGUUGUGACCAAUGACCGCUGGGGACUCGGCAGCAUGUGUAAGCACGGUGGCUUCUACACGUGCAGUGACCGAUACAACCCCGGACACCUUCUGCCUCACAAGUGGGAGAACUGCAUGACCAUUGACAGGUGGUCAUGGGGGUACAGGAGGAACGCGAAACUCGACGAUUACUUCACAAUUGAGGAACUGGUGAAGCAACUUGUAGAAACAGUGUCUUGUGGAGGAAAUCUCCUGAUGAAUAUCGGGCCCACUCAUGAUGGUCGCAUCGCUCUUAUAUUUGAGGAACGCCUGAGGCAAAUGGGUGCCUGGCUGAAAGUCAAUGGAGAAGCCAUCUACGGAACAAAGCCGUGGAGAGCGCAAAAUGACACGGUCACACCAGACGUGUGGUACACAUUCAGACCUACAGAAGGCAAAGUUAAUGCCAUCUUCCUUAACUGGCCAAUCUCUGGGGCUCUGGAACUUGGUGAGCCACAGGCUAAGCUUGGGGAAACACAGGUGAAGCUUGUUGGCUACAAGGAGCCACUGAAAUGGAUUGCAUUAGGAGAAAAGGGAAUGGUGAUAGCUCUACCUCAGUUAACACUUAAACAACUGCCAUGUCAGUGGGGCUGGACCUUGCAACUGACUGAUGUAAAGUGAGCCGUACCUUGGAGCCUUAGAUAAUAUGGUUUGUUUGUUUUUUCCUGCCCAUCUUCUUCACUGCACUGUUUAAUUCCUAUUUGCUUGACUACCUUUAUAAAAAAAAAAAAAAAAGUUUUAAAGGGUGGAAUUAAAUGAACCUCAAAUGAAAUCCAGCACUAGAUUGUUAUAUCUGUGUACAACUUGCUUCUUUGAACUUGUGUGACUAACUGAGCAUCUACCUUGCCAAGAAACUGGACAGAAGGAAAAAAAAAAGCAGAGGUCAAGUUGAAAAGGAGGGAAGAAUAGGGGCAGUAGUUUUUUUUUUUAAAGCCACGAGAAAACAAAAGCUAGAUCAAACUUAUAUUCAAGAGAUCAGACAACUGCACAUGUAUGUUUGUUGUAUACCUUCUUUAAUGAAAGAAAUUUUAACUUCCACAAACCUGCAUUGUAAAAACCUGUCAGUUUUAGAGAAAAGAAUGAAUUUCCCCCAUUGUGUGCUACAACCAGCAGCUGGUAGUUUCAGGUGAGAUGGAUAAUGCAUCUACAAAAACCAUCUUAUAAAGGUGAGGAAUUCAUUACCAGUGCAUGGAGGCAAUGCAUUUGUACACUUCUUCAUCAUGAGAAUCACUAAUUUUUACACACUCCUACCUUUGAGUAAUUCUUACUAUUAGGGUAUAACUAAGUAAAGUGGGAGUGUUUUUUUUGUUUUGUAUGAUUUCAUAGGUUAAGGCUGACUCCUGUUUACAUCCAUUGUUUUUACAGUUACCAGGGUGCCUUCUGUGGACUACUAAACAAUCAAAACCCCCAUAUAUUUCAACAAUAUUUUUUUUUUUGAGAAAUAAUGAGGAGUUGCUAGGAAUCCUCAGCUUUGGCAGGAAGACAGCAGCUUAAGCAGAGGGUGGAUUGUGUCCAAUUUGAAAAAUUCCCAAACGCAUCAUGUGUCAGGAUUAGUAAUCGGAGACCUGCAAUGUGAGGUUUGCAAAAAGGGGGAGAUACAGGACAACAAAAAGCAUCAAUAGUUUUAAUGUGGACUCUCUUUUUUUUCCUGAGUAACGUUAAUAAAUGCAGAACUGUUACAGGCUUUAAGUAAUAGGCCAAUAAGGUAUUGCCUUCUCUGCUAGUAAUGUUAUCACACGCACAAAUUUUACAUUAAAAUAUUUUAUUACAAUACAGACAAUUGGGCUCAAAAUUAAUACAAAUUAAGCUAAAAUAUUUACAAGUUAAUGUGUACAGUGUAGCUGUUUGAACAGCAUAAACAACUUCUAAAAAUCCACAUUCUUUUAAGUAACAAAGAGAGCACCCCCCACCCCCAGCCUGUUCAAGAGGCAUGUGCAUCCGUUGGCAAAGGCUUUCUGAAGAAUGAGAAACCCUCUGGAAUAACACUUGUAAAGUCAAGGAAAGAAGAGUUUUUCUUUACAGAAAGAAAAAUCUGGCGGAAGAAUAGAAAAGCUGUACUUCAUACUGCUAUUCUUAGCUCACCGUCAGUCGUGUUUUUCCCAAAACCUAACACACCCCAGACAAACAAGUUAUUUUUUCUUAAAUAACUUGUUGUAACACUGCCACCAGAUGCCUUCCAGAUGCAAUAAAAAUAAUCAAAUGAAUUAUGCAAGAGUUUAACAACUUUUAAUAGAAAAGUCUUUACAUACAAUGAUUCUUUCAACAAGAAUAUUUUUAAUGGGUGUUUGAAACAGAAUUCUAUUAGAUAGAACAAAUACGGGCUCGCUCCCAGUUUUUUCAGUAUGUUCUUUCUGCUGGUCUACCACUCCUACACCAUUAUAAAAUUAACCCAAAUCUCAUCAGUAGUCACACGGGUUGUGUUAUAAAUACAUGAUCUAUUCCUAUUAGUGUGCAGCUCAUUUCUCUAGUUGCUGAGGGGUACUAAAAGCUUCGUAAACAUUAGCAGCAAAAUCUUUCACUUGUUCCAUCAUCAACAGGUCCUGGAAGAAAUUUAAGGAAUGAAUUUGCUUAAUCAAAAACACACCCACCACUUAAUCAAAAGCACACAGCCACCUCUCUGGUUUUGCUGCAGUACAUGAUUGCACUCAUCAUGAGAAAAGCACCUGGCACUCCCACAGAGAUCUAACUCAAAUUUCUUGCAUUAGAAAGGUUGAUGAAGAGAACUCCAAAUAGAACCAAGUUUGAGACCUUUUUCUGCUUCUGCACAGUUUAGUGCAAAGAAGAGAUCGCAUGGGAAAAAAAAGAAACAUCUUUUUGGAAGAUACAAGCUUUACAAAAAGUUAUGCCAGUUUCUUCUUUUUUUUCCCUAAGCCAUUGAAAUUAAAUAAAAUGUGAUAUGUUACCUAAAAAGAAA